AAGGAGAUGUGGAUAGCGGACGAGUGGAGAUGUUUCAGAUUCCAACGUCAAACUCGUUGCAGAUUUGUCUAGUUAAGAACGGGACGACUACUCCCCUAAUAUCCACGGUGGAGAUACGCCCUGUGGGAAAUGAUACUUAUAAGACUGUGUCUGGUUCCCUUAAUCUUUUAUUUCCGUCAUAUCUCAACAAAUCAGAUACUGACAUAAGGUACCCGAGUGAAAGAUAUGACCGCGUAUGGACCUCGCUCUUCAGAAACGAAUGGACCCAAAUUUCCACCACUCUCGAAGUGAACAAUCUAUACAACGUUUAUGUUCCACCAGAAGCCGCGCUCACAACUGCUGCAACACCUAGUAAUUCCAAUUCUCCGUUGAUAAUCAACUGGACUUCGAGUAAUGUUGAUAACCAAUAUUACCUGUAUGCACACUUCGCUGAGAUCCAAGAGUUGCGGACCAACGAUACCAGGGAAUUCAACAUGACUUGGAAUGGAGUACACUAUUAUGGCCCUCUAGUUCCUCCAAAAUUUAGAUUAUUUACUGUCUUUAGCCCUGAGGGGGUAAGCUGCAAAGGAGGGGAAUGCAGUUUUCAGCUGACGAGAACCAACAUAUCAACUCUUUUUUUUUUUUUAACAGGGAUGUUCCGCAACCCGUAGAUCUGUAGACACUUCCAUAGUUUUCCGCAACCCAUAGGCCCGUAGUCACUUCCGUAGCUUUCCGCAAUCCUUAGGCCCGUAGUCACCACUGGCCCGAAACCAGCCGUUACUAAUACUCAUUACCCAAGAGCCCAGCACCAACGCCGCGCUUAAAUUUAAACUUAGAGAGGGUGUAAAGCAUUUCGUGGCCACAAGGAGUAUUCUAACCUGGAUCCUUAUCGGCGUUGGAACUGCCUCAAGACCACUAGCCCACCACCUUGUGGUUACCAACAUAUCAACUCUUCCACCUCUGCUUAAUGCUCUUGAGGUCUACACAAUUAUCCAUUUUCCGCAGUCAAAAAAAAAUGAAAAUGACGGUAUGCUGUGUGCCUAUAAGGUCGAAACUUUUGUUGUAUGUUUAUUGUUUAGUAAAAAUAUAACUCAUAACCACAAUAAAGUAGUAGAAGGCAUUUUAUCUAUUAACUCAACUAAUUUCAUCUCAUCAAGAAAUAUUUUGUCAGUGGUUUCUUUGCAAAACAUCAAAACCACCUAUGGAAUAAAUAGAAUCAGCUGGCAAGGAGAUCCAUGCGUCCCUCAACGGCUUAUGUGGGAUAGCUUAAACUGCAGCAACACGGAUAUGUCUACACCACUCAUAUAACACAAUGGGUCGGGUUUGAGCUGACUAGCGGAGAUAUUAGGACUAUCAUGGAUCCAAACCUUCAAGGAGACUAUGACUCUCACUCUGCCUGGAGAGUUCUUGAAUUGUCAAUGUCAUGUACAAAUCCUUCUUCCACAAAACGUCCAAGCAUGUCUCAGGUUGUUGUGAAACUAAAGGAGUGUCUUGAAAACUCGAGGAGAAAUAUGAGGAGAGGCAGGAUGGACUCUCAUAGUCCCGCUAAAGUGAGCAUGCUUAUUGACACUGGGAUGUUUCCUGUAGCGAGAUA